AUGUCGAGGCUUAUUGACAAGGAGCAAAGCAAGAGGCAGCGGCCUAUGAAGGUUAUUGUUGCGGGACUAUGUAGAACAGGAACGAUGUCGAUGAACAUGGCUCUUCGCGAGUUGGGGUUUAAAACAUGCCAUUUGACAGAGCAAAUGGAUGACCCAAAGCGAUAUUUCACGCUCUGGACCGAGGCUAUGAAUUGCAAUUUCUUCAACAAAGGCCAUCCAUAUGGCCGCGAAGAAUUCGACCGCCUUCUGGGUGAAUACGAUGCUUGUCUAGAUAUGCCCUGCUGUCUCUUCUGGAACGACCUUCAUCAAGCAUACCCGGACGCAAAAAUCAUCCUCACGAACCGUAGUGUCGACUCCUGGAUGACGUCCAUGCACAAAACGAUAUUUCCGUGGAUUCAGCGCUGGCAUACGCAAGCUUUGAAAUUGCUCGACUUUCAGAUGACCCGCCCGAUCGUGAUUAUGAUGGAAACAUCGUUCAAGGUACUUUGCAAUAACGACUAUGGAGAUAAAUGCCGACAAGCCUAUAUCGAUCAUUACGAGAAGGUUAGGAAGGCAAUUCCCCAAGACCAGCUCCUCGAGUACAAUUUCGAUGACGGAUGGAAGCCCCUGUGUGAAUUUCUGGAUGUCCGUGUCCCGGAUGGUUCGUUUCCCAAGACAAACUCCGCCGAUAUGUUCAAUGCAAACGUGGAGGCAGAAUUCUGGAAUACCGUGAAUGCAACGGUAAAAUCGAUUGGAAAAUAUGUUAUACCAGCCAUUGCAAUUUCAGCUGCGGCAUGGCGAUGGGUUGCCUGA